AUGACUCUCACCGUCCCACCACCAGGCGCUGCCGCCGCCAACUACAAGAAGGCGCUCACCCUCUAUAGCGCCGGUGACGCCGUCGCCGCCACCCGCCAGGCCAUUGAGAAUCUCAAUGACGCCUUCUGCCCAAGGUACAUUCAAAUCAAGAACUCCCUCAUGGUAGGCACCCUAGUCGAAGAUGAGGGUCAUUCCUUCAACUACCUCAACCUCGCUGGUGAGGUCUUCCAGACCUUGGCGGAGGACAUUCAGGGCGGCAGCAGUGAGGCAGAGCAAAUGAUGGAUACAAUUGAUGAGGAGAUUGUGGAGACUACCCGCCGUCGUGAGGGUGUGGAUGGUCCAGUACAGCUGGCUGAGAAGGCUUUCACCAUCGUCGACUACUCCGUUCUCGGCUUGGCACCAGAGCUCGACGUGUCGGCGGGGCUCCGCGACUAUGUCAAAGACGCUCUCACCGCACGCGACGCCUCUCGAGCUGAGGCCGCCUUUCUGCGUGACGAGAUGACUCGUGUGGUCAAGCUCAACGCUGAGACUGCUCGAGAGCUCGCUUGGGCGCGUGUCCAGAGCGUCCAGCACUCACCCGCCGACACCAAGGGCGGCCGCGCAGCCUACGCCACUCUCGUGCUGAAGUUCGUCCUCCUCUGCUGCAUGCUCGUCAUGUUCUUCUUCGGCCGCAACAAGGGCAUCUGCUGA